UAUUGCCAUUUGCACUUCGUUAUUGCCAUUUGCACUUCGUUAUUGCCAUUUGCACUUCGUUAUUGCCAUUUGCACUUCGUUCUUGCCAUUUGCACUUCGUUAUUGCCAUUUGCACUUCGUUAUUGCCAUUUGCACUUCGUUAUUGCCAUUUGCACUUCGUUAUUGCCAUUUGCACUUCGUUAUUGCCAUUUGCACUUCGUUAUUGCCAUUUGCACUUCGUUAUUCGGCCCCCUCCUAUCCCCCCCUCCCCCCUCCUCAGCAGGUCGCAGCAUCAUGGCCUUGUUUGGAGACUGCAGCAGAGGAAGCUGAGCAGCAGACAGCAGACAGCAGCAGCAGCUGACAGCAGCAGCAGCAGCAGCAGUGGGGGCUGGGUGGUUAGAGGGCAGGCUAGGAUUCGGAGUGAGAGAGCGAGGUAUGGUAUCAGGUACAGGUAUGGUCGUCUCACCCCCCCUGUUUCCUUCCGUCCUACAGCAUGUGGAUCUGGAGCCUUGGAGCAAGGGCAGGAGCAUGGAGCCCACCCCCUCUCUCACCUCCUCUCCUCUCCCCCCUUACCCUUCUCCCAGCAGGACCACGCCUUGAGCAACGGAAGGUGCACUCCCCACUGUCGCCCCACUCACCACCCUCUUACCACCCACCCUAUUCAACCCCCGUCCCCCUACCUCUUCUUUCCUCCCGUUCCCCUUCCCCCAGCAGCAUCACGCCUUGAGGAAAGGAAGGUGCAGUCCCCACUCUCACCUCCCCUCCACCCUCUCCUCCCCUCCUUACCAGGUUGCAGCAUCAUGGUGCUCCACUCGGCUAUGGUUGAGUGGCGGGAGAGGAGAAAGGGGGGGCUGAAACCCCCCGGGGCAACUAGAGUGAUGGGCAAUCGAGGCAUCUGCAACCACCGCUGUAAGUUGAGCGAGAGGCGGAGGAGAAAGGGGGGGCUGAAACCCCCCAAGGCAACUAGAGUGAUGGGCAUUGGAGGAGGCGUGUGCAACCACCCACCACUGUAAGUUGAGUGAGAGGAGGAAGAGUAGGGGGGCUGAAUUCCCUGGGGGAAGUAGAAUGAGCGGCAAUAUUGGGGGGGCUACAAGCAUCACUGUCUGGGAAGGGGUGAGCAGGAGAGGGAAAUGAUAGGCGGCAAAUGAUGUUUGGGGGCCCACGUGUUGGGUUGGGCCCCACGGGUUGGAAAACCCCAGGGUAAGGGGGGCUGAAACCCGCCUCCUGCCUCGGCACCUUACUCUCCUUGCUCCCUACCCUGCCCUUCGUCUUUCCUUUGGGGGUUGGAAAACCCCAGGGUUAGGGGGGCUGAAACCCGUUAGGGUGGGCGCUAUCAUGUGGGCUCGUUGGUCCAAAGUGUUGAGAGUGGGGCUGAAACCCCCAGCGUGUUGCCUUCCAAUAUGCCAUAAGGCCUAUCAUGUGAGUCUGUUGGUUUCCGCCGUUCCUAGGUGAGACCACCCAAGCAAGUUCAGUGAGAGGGACAGGAGAGAAGGGGCUUUAGACUCCCUGGGUGAGUUGAGUGCAGUUUGUCGAGGGGUGAUUGAGGGCGGCUGCAUCUACCCCACCAGAGUAAGUUGAGUGACAGGGGGAUGGAAGGGGGCCUGAAAACCCCAAGGGAAGUAGAGUGAGUGGCAAUGGGGGCCUGAAACCCCCAGGGUGAGUUGAGUGAGCGGCAAAGGGGGGUCUUAAACCCGCAGGGUACGGAGAGCAGUUAAGGGACAGAGAGCGGGGCUGCACCCACCAGCGUCAGUUGUCUGAGAGGGAGAGGAAAAAUGGGCCCUGAAAUCCCUUGGGUAAGUUGAGUGAGCGGCAAAGGGGGCCUGGAACCCCCAAGGUGAGUUGAGUGAGCGGCAAGGGGGGCCUGGAACCCCCAAGGUGAGUUGAGUGAGCGGCAAGGGGGGCCUGGAACCCCCAAGGUGAGUUGAGUGAGCGGCAAAGGGGGGUUUGACACCCGCAGGUGUAUGAUUCUGUAGAUGCCAGGUACUGGAGAGAGUGUGUAGGAUGGUCUUUAUAACGUUUGCCAUGGGAAUUGCACUUGUUGGACGUUCUAAUUGGGUGGAAAUUAGGAAUGGGCAAUUACAUGAUGGAGUCGGGAACAGUGUAUCAAUUUCAGACGUUU